GUUGUAUUUGAAUGAUGUUUUGUGUGGCAAAUGAAAAUGUUUAACAGAUUAUGUUCAAUUCACAUUUUAUUGAUAUCAAUCUAAAUUUAAAUUUGUAUUUGUUUCUGUUUACACUUUGUUUCUGUAAAUUCGAUUUGUAUUCCUUUCCGUUAAGAGAAAUCUAAAUUGUAUUCACUCCAUGAAAUGUGUGGCACAACUCUGCGUGGCAGAAGUUGAAUUGAAUGCCCCCUUCGCUAUGUACACACUGUGAAAUCUGUAACCCCAGGCCAAGCCAAAGGCAAAGCCUUCGUGAAAGUGCGGCUUUGACCAUAGCCACUGUUGUCGUUAGAGCCAGGAUCAAGGUUAUCUGGCGAUAGCCGCCUUAUCGCCCAUCCAGCUGCUCUCGCUCCCUCCGAACAGCCACUACAAUGUCCGCCGAUCUCCGCUGAACUGUCGCACAGGCAUUAUCAGGGGCUUCAGAGCCAAGAGAUAGUUGUCGUUCGCAUCGUCGAACGUUGUGGCGUUGUGGCGACACAAAGCCACAGUUGUCUCUGUUGUCCUCAGUUGCGGAUUUUCCAGCGUUGCGAGCAGAACCCAGAACCCAAAUAGAUCACAGCCCAAAAAGCGCACACAUCAUCAUCAUCAUGUGGUGGAGCCGUAAGUUAGCCUCGAGGUGUCUCCGCCUCCAUCGGGCCCAGAGCACCCAAAGCACCCAAAGCACUCGAAGCAGUGCCUCCAGGCAGCCGGAACAGAGCCUGGGCAUCAUUGGAGUGCCCUUCGCCAAGGGACAGGGCAAACAGGGCGUGGAACUGGCCCCGGAUCUCCUCCGGCAGAGCAGUCUGCGUCAAAUGCUGCAGAGCAGUCACGAUGGCCUGGUGAUAAGGGACUACGGAAAUCUGCAGUACGCCGUGGACGAGCCCCUUCUCCAGCAGCAACGGGUGCACUACCACCACAUCCGGAACUACGCGGACUUCAUGGCCUGCAAUCGGGCCCUGAUCGAGCAGGUGAAGCUCAUGCUGGCGGAGAACUCGCAGUUCCUGGCCAUUGGCGGCGAUCAUGCGAUCGGUUUCGGAUCUGUGGCCGGACAUCUGCAGCACACGCCGAACCUGUCGCUGGUGUGGAUCGAUGCGCAUGCGGACAUUAAUCUGCACAGCACCUCGCAGUCGGGCAACAUCCAUGGGAUGCCCGUGUCCUUUCUGCUGGAGCAGCUCCGAACCACCUGGCAGCACGCCGGCCUCCAGGACAUCGCGCCCAACUGUUUGCCCAAGGAUCAGUUGGUUUACAUCGGACUCCGGGACAUUGACCCCUACGAGGCGUUUAUACUGAAUAAGGUCGGGAUACGCUACUACGCGAUGGAUACGAUCGAUCGCGUGGGCGUGCCCAAGAUCAUCGAGAUGACGCUGGACGCCCUGGAUCCGCACAACAAGAUCCACGUAAGCUUCGACAUUGACGCCCUGGACAGCAACGUGGCGCCCAGCACGGGCACCGCUGUGCGCGGCGGCCUCACGCUCCGCGAGGGCAUCAGCAUCGUGGAGGCCCUGAGGGACACCAAGCGGGUGCAGGGCGUCGACCUGGUGGAGAUCAACCCGAAGCUGGGCAGCGAGCGCGACGUGCGGACCACCGUGGAGUCGGGCCUGGAGAUCCUGAAGAGCAUGUUCGGCUACCGGCGCUCCGGCCACUGGAGCAACAUCGACACCGGGAUCCUGGGCAGCGAUUAAAGAACACAAGAACGACGCCAGCUUGGACUUAUCAAUAUUUAUGUACAACAUUCUUGCCAUAUUUGUGUGUGCUUUUUUUUCUCGUAUCUUAAUGAAAGAAUAAAAAAUUAGUUUAAAGCGA